AAAAAGAAAAAAAAAAAAAAAAAAAAAAAAGUAAACAAUAAUAAUUCUUUGUAAACCAACGAAAAGAAAAGUGUACAAGUCUUCUUCUCCUUCAUUCUUAGGUUUAUUUCUUCAUUUGCUACAGAUUAAUCUUCUUCAUCUUUUCCACACUCUGUAUAUACUGAUCGUUGCUUCAUUGAUCUUAUUUUUGAUCUACUGUUAGAUUUUGAGAUUUGUAAGAGAUGGAGGUGGGGAAGGUAUCUGAGGACCAUUUGACAUCGGCUGCAGCUUUUGUGGAAGGGGGAAUUCAAGAAGCACGUGAUGAUGCUUGCAGCAUUUGCCUUGAAGCUUUUUGUGAAACUGAUCCCUCAACAAUGACAAGUUGCAAGCACGAGUUUCAUCUUCAAUGCAUCCUUGAAUGGUGCCAGAGAAGCUGUCAGUGCCCAAUGUGUUGGCAGUCUAUCAGCCUGAAGGAUUCCAGCAGCCAGGAAUUGCUUGAUGCCGUGGAGCACGAGAGAAAUGUGCGGAUGAAUCCACCUAGAAACACAGCUAUAUUUCAUCAUCCAGCCCUGAGAGACUUCGAAUUGCAGCGUUUACCCGUUAGUGCAGGUGACUCUGAACUUGAAGAGCGCAUCAUUCAGCACUUAGCUGCAGCUGCUGCGAUGGGCAGGGCUCGUCAGCUUGCCAGGAGGGAAGGUGAGAGGAGUAGGUCUUCUACACGAACCCAUCCCCGAUUUUUAGUGUUCUCAAGUAAUCCGAAUCCAACUUCUGCUACUUCGCCUGCUCAAAGAGGUGGUCCUGGACCAUUUCCUACAGCCAUGAUAGCUAGCUCGAAUUCACCGUUUAUUACCCUUGGAGAAGAUUCUGCACAGCUUAUUACUUCACAAUUUUCCUCCCAAGCUGACCACAUCACCACCACAGCAUCGGGAUCAGGUGCUGUUACUAAUCAACUUGGAACUUCCUCAAGCAAUCGGAGGUCUCCUGCUCAGACUUCCCCCAAUAGUCAAGAUAUAGCUGGACCAUCAGAUUUCCAGUCAUUCUCAGAGUCUCUGAAAUCUCGACUGAAUGCAUUAUCUGUGAGGUACAGAGAGUCCAUAACAAAGAGCACAAGAGGCUGGAAGGAGAGGUUGUUUGCUCGCAACAGUUCAACCCCAACGCCUGACCCCGGAACUGAAGUUCAUAGAGAGGUUAACCCGGGUACUGCAACUGUACCACGCAUGAUGGAUUAUCUUGAGAUUGCAGAAGACAGUAGAACCGAUGUGGCUGCAGUAUCAAAUAAUUUAGACGAUAACUUGACCCCAGAUACAACUGAACUCGAGAUUGUAGAGAUGGGUGGAAACUCUCCUUUGACUGAGGUCGAAACACAGCCUCCUUGUGCUGCUGGUUCAGCAUCAAACUAAGUGUUGAUUCAGGAAUUGUAUCAAACUCGUAUUGUUUCCUUUCGAUGGUGAAUGCAAACAGAAUGCAAACAGGUACUGUGAUGAUGAUGUUCGUUAUCAGUCAUCGAGUUACGGUAAAUCAAAUACAUGGGUAAGAGCAUUCAAAGUCUGGUGCAAUAAGGGUUCAGAGCUCUUCGUAUGGAACGAAUAUGGAUAGGAUGCUGUAGUUGUACAUUGUUUUUCAAUUUCAAAAUUAUUAUACGCAUGUUAUCGUAGUUGAACUGGGGAACGUGAUGCGCUGACAAGUAUUCAUUAUUCAAUUUGGACUAAUCUGUCAUGAAGUUUAUUUAAAGUUGCCUGAUAUUUCAAAUUCUUGCCA